CGCCCUCACGCCCGGAGAAGUUUGACUCGGGAGCAGCGCAGCCGCCCGGGCCGGCGCGGCGGGGCAGGGAGCCGCGGCGGGAGUCGCCGCACCCGGGGCCGCAGCGGGACGGGGGUCGCCUCCAGCGGGAGGCGGCGGGGGGAAGCCGGCGGCGGCAGCGGCGCUCCGGGAGCCGCCCCGCCCGCGCCAUGGCAGCCCGGUCCCGGAGACCCUGGCUGAGCGUGGGGCUGGGGCUGGGGCUGGUGCUGGGUUUCACCGCCGCCUCCUGGCUCAUCGCCCCGAAAGUGGCCGAGCUGAGCGAAAAGAAGAGGCGCGGCUCCAGCCUCUGCUCCUACUACGGCCGCUCGGCGGGGCCGGGGGCGGCCGGGGGCGCGGCGGUGCCGGGCGGGCAGCAGGCGCCGCCGGAGGCAGCGGCGGUGCUGGGCGGCACGAGUUUCAGGAGCAGCCCCUGGGAGCUGCCGCCGCCGCCGGCGGAGGGCAUGGUGUCCAGCCCCGCCGCCGGCGGGGAAGGGGAGCCGGAGGAGGAGGAAGGCGGCGAGAAGCGGAGCGGCCGGCCCGGCGGCAGCCACAACGGGAGCGGGGACUGGGGGGGCGCCCCGGGCUACGCCAAGCCCCGCAACUUCCUCUACGUGGGGGUGAUGACGGCCCAGAAGUACCUGGGCAGCCGGGCGGUGGCGGCGCAGCGGACGUGGGCGCCCUCGGUGCCGGGCCGCGUGGAGUUCUUCUCCAGCCAGGGCUCCGCCGCGCCCCCCGGGCUGCCCCGGCUGCCCGUCGUCGCCCUGCCCGGCGUGGACGACUCCUACCCGCCGCAGAAGAAGUCUUUCAUGAUGAUCAAGUACAUGCACGACCGCUACCUGGACAAGUACGAAUGGUUCAUGCGGGCGGACGACGACGUCUACAUUAAAGGUGAAAAAUUGGAGGAGUUUCUUCGCUCACUGAACAGUAGUAAACCUCUG